UUCGCCAUGAUUCUUUUCCUUAUUCCCGCUGUACCGCGGCUACCUACCGCCUCUGAUCUCUGAACCUUCUUUAUCCCACAGACUUUUCGUGUUGCGCACUGAUUCCAGGAUCUUCUCCACAACUAAGCCAUUUAAUCUUCCCGAUGUCCUUUUGACCUCUAACUCAAAGGUCAGCUGGAAGGUUCCGAACUCGGGCCUGGGAUGUGAGGAGGGACAGAGCCUAAAAUUCUACGUAGUCUUUAGCCCUGGGCCUCUAAAACCCACCCUGUAGGCGCCUCACCCCAGGUCUGGGCCUUCAUUUUCCAAAAUUGGCCCCCAAGUUGCCAAGUCUAGCCCUGGGUAAUAAAUGAAUUCCUACUAAAUCUCCCUCCUUCAGCCUUGCAACCCAACUGCAUACCACAAAUCUGGUUCCUGUUUAAAGAGCCUCGCCCUGUUAAUCUUCAGAUCCCUCAUGAUUUGAGUCAGCUCCAAUCCCUGCUCCCAUGGUGCCAAAUUUUAGCCCUAGUUCUUUCAAUCCCACUGCUCAGCCCCCCAGUUCCAGAACCCCACUCUAAAACCUUCAGAAUCUCUAUCCCUGAGACCAGCCAAUUUUGGAGGAUCCUUUUCUCUCCCAUUCUUCCAGCCCAUACCUUAGACCCAAAAAUGAUUUCUCCAUACUUCCCUUCAGAAGAGACCCCAAGCCCUCCAAGGACCCUUGCAUCCCAGGUCCCUGGCAUUCCAUCUCCUCCCCUACCUCCACAUUCACCCAAUUUAGCCUUUCCACCCUCUCCCUCAAGUCUCCAGGCCCCUAUUCCCCCACCACCCCCACUGCCACUUCCAGCCCCUGCCACGGGGACUGCUCCCCCUCAUGUCUUCGGCCUGGAGAAGAGCCACCUUCUGAAAGAGGCCUUGGAGAAGGCCGGCCCAGCCCCCAGGAGCAGAGAGGACGUGAAGAGGCUCCUGAAGCUGCACAAGGACCGAUUCAGAAGUGACUUGCAGUGGAUCCUCUUCUGUGCCGACCUGCCCUCUCUCAUCCAAGAAGGCCCUCAGUGUGGACUGGUGGCCCUGUGGAUGGCAGGCACGCUCCUGGUGCCCCCCAGCGGCAUCCCCCUGGAGAGACUCAUGCAGAUGGCCGUGGAGAGAGGCUACUCCGCCCAGGGAGAGAUGUUCUCUGUGGUCGACAUGGGCAGGCUGGCUCAGGAGGCACUGGGAUGCCAGGCAGAGCUGCUGUGUGGCGGCCUGGGUGGUCCCAACAGAGACCGUGUGCUGCAGCACCUUGUCGCUGGACACCCCUUGCUCAUCCCCUAUGAUGAGGACUUCAACCACGAGCCAUGUCAGAAGAAGGGCCACAAGGCCCACUGGGCAGUGAGCACAGGAGUCCUGCUGGGUGUGCAGGGUGUGCCAAGCCCUGGCUAUGCAGAGGACCCUGAGCUUCCAGGCCUGUUCCACCCCAUGCCCGGCACGCCCUGCCAGCCACCAUCCCUGCCUGAUGAAGGCUCACCAGAAGCCGUCUACCUUCUCUCCAAGCAGGGCAAGAGUUGGCACUACCAACUGUGGGACUAUAACCAAAUUCGGGAUAGCAACCUGCAGCUGACGGACUUCUCACCUUCACGGGCUGCCGAUGGCCGGGAGUAUGUGGUGCCUGCUGGCGGGGUGCGGGCUGGCCUCUGUGGCCAGGCCCUGCUCCUCAGACCACAGGAUUCCAGCCACUAGUCUGCUGCAGCCCUGAGCCAGGGUGUCAGGGCCCAGACCCCUGCUUCUCCCUUUGUGUGACAGCCAGAGGGUUUGGGCUGGGCCUCCUGAGCACCUUGUCAGUCAUCCUUCAUGCAGGGUCCCCUCCAACCCAUCCAGUCUCAAGCCUGGCCAUCACCCCAAUUCCCCCACCCUCAAGCCCAUCCCCUGAGUGUUGAGCACCUACUGUGUGGGCCGGGGUGAGAGCCAGAAGCCUGACAGGCAAGCUCCCUCUCCCAGGGGAGAGACGGACAACAGCUCAGACCCCGUGUCCUGUCCAGCCCACGUGAAUGCUGCGUCCAUCUGUUUCUCACUGGUGACCACCCUCUUCUAAACCGUCGUCCUCUCUCUGGACAUCUGCCACAGCCUCCUCACCGGGCCUCCUGGCUGCUCCCCAGUGUCUGUUCACAUGGGGCCAGGACCGAGGGAGGAAAACAAAAACCCUGUCUCCCCACAACCCUGCAGAGAAACUUCUAGCAGCUCCUGUUGCUCACAGGAUAGGGACUAAACUCCCCCAGCCCAGCCCGCCUCUCCUCAUCCCAGGCUGUUCUUUCUCACACUCUCUGCCACCAGCUAUACUGCCUUUCAGGUCCCUAGUGCACCCCACUGCAGCCCUAAGUGGUGAGGCUAAGGGUCACUUCCUAACUUCUCCAGUGUGGGAGAGGAAGAAAUUCUCCCCUCAAGGUUCUUUUGGCUGGUUUCAUAAUUAAAUCUACAUGAGACAGAAUAAUGAGAAAAUGACCAAAUUUAAUACAUGUACACAUGGGGAACCCCACAUACAUGAGAGAGUCAGAGACCCCACAUGAGAAGUUCCAAGACAGGAAAAAUGAUCUAAGGAUCACUUUGGGCUUCAGCUGGAGGAAGGUCAUUGCAGGAUAAGAAGAGCAGGUGUUCAAUUAGAAGUUUGCCCUGCCCUAUAGAUAGGUCAAAAAAUUUACCUCUGAUAACUUUUUUUAUUACUAUUAGUUUCAGGUGUACAAAACAACAUCUGAUAAUCUGUUAUUAUGGGCAAGUCCCCUAAUUCAAAUUCUUCUAGGUAGUUAAGGGCGGGUGGGACAGAGUUUUCUCAUGAGCCCACAGAUUCUUGGUUGCCUUAAGCUCAAAAUCCACAUACCACAGAGGCACAUCUGGGGUGACUUGUUCUGAACCCCGAACCAGCUUGGCUCAUUACUUCCUCAGGGAAGGUUCCCUCAGCCAGGGCUAGGCCCCUCCCCAUGUUCUAACUUAAAAACUUAAAAGCAGUUCAAUGUGCCAGCCCCUUUACCCCCAGUGAACUCGUCAAAUCCUCCAAUCCUGUAAGGAAGGUACUAGGUCCCCAUUUUACAGAUGAAGAGAUCUGAGGCUUGGAGGAGUGCAGUCACUGGCCUAAGGUCACAUGGCCCGGCAAGUGGCAGGGCCAGGAUUCAAAUCAGGCAGUUAGUACCUCCGCAGACCUAUAGGUAUGCGAUUACGAUUACGUAGACUUCGAGAUCUGAAAGGGGCCUGUGUUAGUCACUGCUGUGUCUCCAGUGCCCAACAAAGGGACUUAGACUAUACAGUGUGGUGUUUCUAACCAGAAGUGAGGAAUACCCCAUCCCAACCCUGACCCCUCCACCUGUACCUCCCCAUCCCAGCUCUUGACACUGGGACACUGUCCUGGCAGCCCGUCGGCAGGGCUUGGCACUAUCUUGGUCACCACUGUGUCCCCUGCCUUGUCUAGCACAGAGCAAGGCACAAGAGGAGCAGUUCAGUGAGCACUCGGAGCCCGCAUCUCUAUCCCAAACUGGUCACUGUCCCGUUACCCCACGCCAAGCUAAUGCUCAGAUUAGUUUUGAGCCCACACACCCCAGAUGCAAAAGAAAAAAAUUCCACGAUGCUGA